UCAGCUCAAUUUUUUUGCUUUCGAAUUUCAAACCAAAAAAAAAAAAAAUCUCCAUUAAUGGCUGGUAGAGGCAAAACCCUAGGUUCAGGAACAGCAAAGAAGGCUACUUCUCGUAGUAGCAAAGCUGGUCUUCAGUUUCCGGUAGGUCGUAUUGCUCGGUUUCUGAAAGCCGGCAAGUAUGCUGAACGUGUAGGUGCCGGAGCUCCGGUUUAUCUAGCUGCUGUUCUGGAAUACCUUGCAGCUGAGGUUCUUGAAUUGGCUGGAAAUGCAGCAAGGGACAACAAGAAGACCAGAAUUGUACCAAGGCAUAUUCAGUUGGCAGUGAGGAACGAUGAGGAACUGAGCAAACUUCUUGGAGACGUGACUAUUGCUAAUGGAGGUGUGAUGCCCAACAUUCACAACCUUUUGCUUCCAAAGAAAACUGGUGGUUCAUCAAAGCCAUCUGCUGAUGAAGAUUAAAGAAAAAGACUUAGUCUUGAUUUCUUAGUUAGCUUGUGUUGUUCUUUUCUUGGAAUAGUAUUAAGGAUUUGCUAGUGUUUUCUUAGUUGUUUAGUAGGUGGGGGUGUGGGGUUUAUGUUUGUUUGUGUAUACAAAUGAUUGAGCAAUGAAUGGAAGACCAAUGUCUAUUUUCUUA